AUGGCGUCAUAUCUUUCUUUCUUGGCCCUCUUUUUUUUCGUCACGAUCAUGUGCAAUGUCUAUGGUAGGCCAAAUCCUGAAGAACUUUUGGAAAACUCGCAUGUUGGAGGAGGUUCUUUGGCGUCACUGGAUCCCACAAAGAGAAGUCACUGCAACCAAAGAAAGUCCUCCAAUGAGGAAUUCGAACCAAGACCUAAUGUUUCGGUUUAUGAUAACAGUGCAGGUUUAAAAGGUAAGAAGAUGUUUGAUGAAGAGUUUGAAAAUAACGGAAGUUUAAUGAUGAUAAGAACUAGUCAUGAAACAAGUGGAGUCAAACCAACUUCGUUCGGUAUAAAGAUCAAUGUUUUAAAACCCGGGUUUUUGGUUGACCCGUGCAGUCGCCGGUGCCGCCGCGAAGCGCUUCAGAGAUCUGCGUUCACCCACCAGAAAAGCGCUUCAGAGAGCUGUGUUUUACUUCAAAGAACCGAUUCGGUGUCUGCUCAUCGGAUCUACUCGGAGCUUACUAAGUCAACCUGGUCCAUCGCCUUGCUCUCCCGCCAAAGAUCGUCUGAUCGAGUAGCAACGAAAGAUGCUACUGAAGAGCUGCUUCCAUCUUCGAUUGGAGAACAUUCGACGCCUUCGUUUCAGUUUCAGUCUCGAAAGGAAAUGUUGGCGAUGAACUAUUGUAAAAAAAAAGUCACAAAACAAAGACUCUUCUUGAUGUGCUAUGUAAAAGCUUAG